AUGGCUGACCAACGACAAAGGAAUCAUCGUGGCACUUCUGAAAGCUGCCGUCGAAAGGUCACGUCCGCCGGCAAUGGAAAGCAGCAGCGAACAGAGGUAGAUCAGUAUCAUCACAAAUCCAGCAGUACUGCGGCUUCAGCCCCGUGUGGAGCAUGCAAGUUUUUAAGAAGGAAGUGUAUUGGUGGUUGCAUCUUUGCUCCGCAUUUUGGAUCAGACCAGGGAGCCGCGCGAUUCGCUGCAGUGCACAAGGUGUUUGGCGCAAGUAAUGUCUCAAAGCUUCUGCUGCACAUACCUUUGAACCGCAGGCAUGAUGCUGUCGUCACAAUAUCCUACGAGGCUCAGGCUCGGCUCUCCGAUCCGGUUUAUGGUUGUGUAUCCACCAUACUUGCGUUACAGCAGCAGGUUGCAUCUUUACAAACCGAGCUUGCGAUGGUGCAAACUCAGCUGAUAAACAGUAGAUUUGCAUUUGCAAAUGCCAUUCAAAGCUCACAGCAGCAGCAUCACGAACAACAGCAAAAUAUGGAACUGUUGCAGCCGGCCUACUCCAACAACUCAUCGGCUUCCACUAACCUAAUCAACAUGAGCAGCUUCACCUCUAAUUUUCAUAAUCUCGCAGCUGAAACAGCACCAUGUUCCCACAGCUUGGAGCCUCUUCUGCUCUCAAGACCUUCACAGGAUGAAGACGAUGAGCAACAAAGUCAAGUACCCCACCAUUUUAACUAG